AUGGCUUCUAACACUAUCAUCCAAUGCAGUCCUUCAACUCAUACAAAAAGGAAAUAUGACGUGUUUGUGAGCUUCCGUGGUGAAGACUCACACAACAACUCCACUGGUUUUCUCUUUGAAGCUCUCCAAAAAAAAGGCAUUGAUGCCUUCAGAGAUGAUGCAGGUCUCAACAAAGGAGAAUCCAUAGCACCCAAGCUGCUUCAAGCCAUUGAAGGGUCUCGCCUUUUCGUUGUGGUGUUCUCAAAGAACUAUGCUUCCUCUACUUGGUGCUUGCGUGAACUAGCACACAUCUGCAACUGCAUUGAAAUAUCGCCAAGACAUGUUUUGCCUAUUUUUUACGAUGUUGGUCCAUCAAAGGUGCGAAAACAAAGUGGAAGUUAUGAGAAGCCUUUGCCCAACACGAAGAAAGAUUUAGUGAGGAUAAAGAGAAGAUGGAGGAAUUGCAAAGAUUGA